AUGGAAGCAAAUAAAGGGGAGGCACUUAAAGCGAUAGAGAAUGCUAAGAAAAGGUUUGCUCAUAGAGAUUUUGUUGGAGCGAAAAGUUAUGCUUUAAAAGCCAAAACAUUGUGUCCUGGAUUGGAGGGUAUAUCUCAAUUGGUGACCACUUUUGAGGUUUACAUUGCCUCUCAAGUCAGUUGUAAUGGUGAACUUGAUUGGUGUUCCAUUAUGGGUUUAAAGCCUUCGACAAAUAUAGAAGUUGUGAAGAAACAGUACAAGAAGAUGGCUGGGUUGCUUCAUCCUGAUAACAAUAAGUGUGUCGGAGCUGAUGGGGCAUUUCAUCUUGUUUCUGAGGCAUGGUCCAGGCUCUCUGGUAGUUAUGAUAUGAAGAGGAAUGCACAAGUAGGUGCUGGGCAUGGAUUUAAUCACAAUGGGUUGUCUUCCGCACGUGCCUCAGAUGGUAAUCAGGAAACUUUCUGGACAAUUUGUACUUCUUGCAAGGUUCAGUAUGAGUAUCUGCGCAAGUAUAUAAAUAAGAAACUUUCUUGUAAAAAUUGUCGUGGGAUUUUCAUUGCUGUCGAAAUAGCCCCAGCAAACGGUUCCUUCCCUUAUUGUCCUUGGUCGUAUGGGUCUAGCAGUGGUUAUGGAAGCCAUUCGUAUGAUGGAGUUUCAUAUCCUCCCAGUAAUGGCACCUAUUUCAACGGCAAUGGGGUUACCGGAUACCAUUCGGCACACGGGCCAAUGGGAAUGUAA